AUGAAUCUAGAAGUGGUAAAAUGGGGAGUGCCAACAGGCAUACUUGCGAAUCUAAGUAUUCAACCAACAAAAUUUGAUGAGAUAAGAGAAAAUCAAGCAGAAGAUGUAAAGUUGGACAGGAUUCGUGAGAAAAUAAAGCAAGGAAAAGCUACGGAUUUCAAGAUCCAUGAAGAUGGGAGUUUAAGCUACAAAGGCCGUUGGUGUGUACCACAAAAAUGUGAGGAGUUAAAAAGGAAGUUGAUGGAAGAGGGUCACAAUACACCAUACUUAUUACACCCAAGAGGAGACAAACUAUAUAAGGACUUGAAAAAGAGUGGAAACGACACCAUUUGGGUAGUGGUGGAUAGACUUACAAAAUCUGCAGUGUUUAUACCUAUGAAGGAGACCUGGAAAAUGGAACAACUUGCAAAAGCUUACAUAAAAAAUGUGGUGAGAUUACAUAGAGUUCCAAAAGAUAUUGUGUCUGAUAGAUCGUCGUCGAGCCUACCAAAAUUAUAA